UGAAAGCAGAAAUGAAGAAAAUGAAGCCCAAAGUGGUUAACGAAAUGCUGAUACCAAGAUAUUCAACAACAGCUUUGAUGUGUGAACCGGUAUUUACUGGUACCAGUAGCCAGGCACAAUGGUAUCACAACGGCAUAAUUGUUGCAAAUGUUUCAAGCACUUCAAACGCAGUGUUACACGAUUGUACAUAUUAUACCGAACAAGCCAUUCCAGAUGUUGGGUUCCUUAUUAUUACAAAUAUUUCUCUCGAGGAUGAAGGCGACUAUUGGUGUCGUCGAAUAGAUAACAGACAAGAAGGUGAAGUGGCUCGAAUUGUUGUUGCCUAUGUGGAGCCAUUUCCAAGUAAUUCCCGACCAAUAUUUCAUCCAGCUCUAGCACACUUUGGACAACAUGUCACUGCUGACUGCCCAAGAACUAAAGCUAUCCCACCACCAACAUAUGACUGGUUCUUGAAUGGAGAGGCAGUUGAUUUGUCGACCAAACGAAUUGUUCAGAAUUCAAAUGGCUCACUUCAAAUACAACAAUUUUUGCGUCAAGAUACUGGUAUUUAUGAAUGUGUUGCAAGAAAUUUUGCAGGCCGUACAAGUGCCAAAACAUACAUGGAUGCCAUUCCGCUUGUAUCUAGUGAUAUUUUCGAUGACACAGUUUUCACAAGUGCAUGUCAAAGUAUAUCCCGAAGCAGACUACUAUGGUUCUUAAUUGGUUGUUUGGCAACUAGUGGUGCUAUGCUGUCUUAUUUGGUAUGUGCGGUACUGCUUGCACGAUCUAGCUAUCGCCGUAGGACAUCGUUCUAUCCAAGUCCGUACUUUCAAAUUCGUCCAAAUUUUGCACUAAGAUUUCGGAAAGUUGUUGCACCAGUUGCUGAUGUGCACCAUUAUGUCCAUACAAAUGUACCCAACCAGCGUGCUGUUUAG